CAAGGAAGUGACCUUUGAUAUGACCCGUUUUAAUAAACAUACACUCGGUUUCCAUCAUGUGAAUAGAUGUUGAUGCUACGUAUGGAGUCACGACGAUCGAGUCACACCCCUCUUUGGCGGGCGAGAUAUACACUUAGGAUAUGACUGAGAAGUAGUGACAGCAUGGAUUAUAAGUUGCUAGGUGCAGUAGGGGCAGUGUUUCUGUCCAUGCUGCUGUAUAUUUACGACUGGCUGUCGCUGUUCUUGUACGUGGGCAUCCAUGUGGCUGCUGGUGCUGCGGCCCUCUACUACUCAGUAAAAUGGCAUCUUGUGCAGGGAAAGCUGUACAAGCCGGUCACAGUGCCGAGACAGGUCAACCUGGCUUCCAUUUUGCUACAGAAGAUGAUGGAGAAGCAGGGCACUGUGGAGGAGGCGUCGAGGAAAGUGGUCAUCAGCCGAAGUCUUGACAACGCCAUCCAGGACAUCAUGGACCUCGCUAUCCACGACUUCAUCCUCUCCUGGUACACCAAACUUGGACAGAACCAACAGAGAUUUGUAAACUCCGUACAAUGCGACACGUGGCUGAUGGUGGAGGAGCUUGGGUCCCGUCUCUCCCGGGUGGACUUCGUGAAGGUCAUCACGCAGGAGGUCAUUGACCUGCUCCACGACCACUACAGGGACAUCCGAUUUGCGUGCAGAAAAGAUGUUGUUGAGAAGACGGAGAAAGCCCCGACAUUUGUAUUGCACCCAUGGCUGCGGGAUGAGGAGUCUGAGAGGAACUACCUACGGAAGUUGUGUGACGUCCUGCUGCUCUGUCUCCUGCCACCAUGCUACAACCACUGCCACAGCAUCAGACAUCUACUGAGGGAGAUAGUCACUGCUGCCGCUCUGAAGCCAACGUUGGACUUGAUCUGUGAUCCCGACUACAUCAACCUGAAGCUGCUGAGCUACCUGGAGUACCGCGAGAAGCUGUCCGAGGACACACGCCGCACCUACACCUACGCUGCUACGUACGAGGAUUUUGUGAAGAAGAUAGAGAUGUGUGUGGACAUUGAACACCUGAAGCAGAUGAGAUACAACAUCAUCUCGGAGAUCAUGCAUGCCACCACGAUCAACAACUUGAAGAAGGCGCAGGGAAUCAAGACAGCAGCCAGGGUGCAUGAAAAAGAGAGUUCCCCUAAAAGCACAACAAAAGGAGAGCUCCUCAAGGCCCGAAACCUGAAGCGAUAUAUCAAUCAGCUGACGGUGGCCAAGUCCCGAUGUGAGAAGCGCAUCCAGGCCCUCGGGGGUCCGGACUACAAGUACUACAGUGGGGGCAAUGGAGGGGAGAGUCGGGCUACGUCCCCCCUCCCCGGUCAGAAGGUGUUGUCAUUCAGCGUGAUCAUGGAUCUGCCCCAAGCCCGGGACUACUUCAUGAAGUACCUCAAGAAGGAGAACCAGGAGUCCAUGCUGGGGUUUUGGAAUGCAGUAGAAAAAUUGCGAGUAGCAAGCAAGGACAAGCGCCACCAUGUGGCCAGUGAGAUCUACCAGCAGUACGUGUCCAGCAACUCCACGGCGGUCAAGCUGGACAAGGCUACCAUCAAGGGCAUGGAGAUAUUUCUGAUUGGUGACAAGGGUCCGGAGUCGUUCUAUGAUGCUCAGAAGCAGCUGUACGGCAUCAUGGAGGAGAAGUACUACCCCUCCUUCAUCGUGAGCGACAUCUACCACCAGUGCAUCUCCUCCCUGGAGGAGGAGGACAACCUCGACCCCCUCGCCAUGUCCUCUAAAGAUGAGUUGUUUCUGGAGUCGAAGGAUGACAUUGACCCGAGUGACAGCCCCGCCAUGUUUGCUGAUGAGUCCUACCAUGCUCAACAGAAGAUGCAGCAGCUGGAUGAGAAACUGGCCAAUAAGACACAGGCCCUUCAGGCCAUCAAGAGCUCCCAGAAGCCCGAUGAGAAAACGAAGAAGGUGGAGGAUGACAUGGAUCAGGAGAUAGAGAAGAUCCAGGAGGAGAAGCGCAAGUUGGAUGCUCACAUCACCCGCACCCAGCUGUGGAUCGACCACCAGGGCACGUGGAUGGCCAAGGUCCACAAUGCUGAGGUAUCUCAGUCGGGUACAGAUCGACUAGCUCCCUCGUUCAUCCUCGUCAUAUUUUUACGAGGGUCACAGCCGGGGUCACAGGAUCUACAGGACAGCUCACAAGGCUGGGUGGUGUCUCGGACCCUGGAUGACUUUUACGCCUUGCACGAGAAACUGGUUCAGAUUGGGCCAUGGCUGAAGAAGAAGGAACUGCCCAGUGUAGGGAUGGCUUUUUUCAAAUCCAUCGAUGCAGCAUUUCUGGAGAAGGCCAAAAAAAGUCUCAAUGAGUAUCUCAUUGAAGUGAUGAAGGAUGAGCGUAUGACCCAGAGUGAGGCUCUGUAUGCCUUCCUCACUCCCUCACCCGAGUGUCUGCUGAUCCCCUCCACACAGAAGAAGAGCAAGUUCUCACUGGCCACUCUCAUUAAAAGCCUGCCAAACAUCCGGUCAUCAGAUGCCCACCAUAGUGAUGACGAGUUUCUGUUUCUCGGGGAUGAGAGCACUAAGGAGGAUCACAGCCGCGACUCCAUUGCCAAGCCCAUCUACCGCCUGAUGAACGAGGUGUUUGAAUUGAGGGGGACGUUUAAGUGGCUGAGGAAGUCCUUCAUUUCAUUUGUUGAAAUAUCUUUUGGCAGAUCCAUUAACAGGCAGCUGCGAGAGACUGUAGACUGGGUGUUCUCCGAGUCCAUGGUUAUCUACUACUUGAACACAUUCAAGGACUCCAUGUGGCAGGAGGGAGAGCUUGUGGAGGCUCCUGCACCACGUACUGAUGAUGAGAAACUCACCACGCGUGUGGAGGCCAAGCAGAAGAUACUGGAGAACAUCCCAGAUGCCCUGAAGAACCUGGUAGGGGAGGACAAUGCGAGACGUGGAACCAUCAAGAUGUUUGAGGCUCUCCAGGAUGUUCGGCUCAACAAGCAGCUCUUCUACAACAUCAUUGAAGUGUUUAUGAUGGAGCUGUGCCCAGAGGUUGAGAAGAUCCGAUCUCGUCUCGACUCCCAGACGUCCCCAACAGUGAGCACAACCAGUACAGCAGUGCAGACCUGAAGCUGCCAUUACUUGUGGCUCGAGACACUCCACCCCUGCAAGUGUGUCAGACAGCCAUGUGAUGCGGGGCAUAGGCAUUAAUCAAAAGGGACCUCGCCCUCACUUGACGAUGGGCUUGUCUCCAUCUCAACCCUUGGCUUUCAGUACAACACUAGUCAUCUUCAAGUUGCUUUGUAGUUCAGAGUACCAGAAACUGGUGAUCCUAGUUAAAAAAGAACCAACAACUAAAUGAAACACUACAUGUUGUUGCUAUAUUAAAUUAUCAAUGUGAUAUUUAAACCUACCUCUCUUGAAAAACUAUGUCGAUGGUGUAAGAUAUGAUUUUCUGCAUGAUGGCAUCAUGUCCCCAUUAUUCUACUACUAACCCACUUGAUUUCAGUUAUUCCUGACCAGGUUCCAUCAGCUAUUACCUCUUUGUGAAAUACCGGUAUUAAGGAAUGUGUCCCGUAUUGAUAUACAGUCAAUUUCAAGAACAGAAAGAUUACAAAAGGUGGCUUUCCUCUUGUUUAACAAUAGAUGUGCAUGAAACAGUACUAGUUAAUUCAAAAUGGUUUAUUAUUUAGACUCAAAAUAGAGACUACUGUACACUGCACGGCAUCCAUAUGUAUUGACAGGUGAUGGAGGCGCGUUGCAACUUGUCUGACUGUCCAGUUACAUUGUUGAAUUAUUUCAUAAGCUUAGCUGUGGAGACAAGCCCUUCUUGACAUUGCAUGCCAAUACUAAGCUCUGUGCAGCUUGAUAUGUUAUUAAUGAUACAUUCCUGACGUCGCUGAGUGUUGUGAAUAUGAUGUUAUCUGCAACACAGGGUCUACAUCUGUCAAUUUUAAAAUUUGAAUCCGUGAUAUGUAACACUUUCCUGUGAUAUUCAGUAUUUUGUAUACUUAUCCUGCAUUACUUCGUCUAAGUGCCCUUCCAUCGCAGUGCUACCUCCCCACGAUGUCUUCAGAUGUUACAUUCCAAAGCAGUAAUGUGCUCUUAGGUGAUGUCAUCUCUUCCGGGUCACGCUGUGUGAGGGUACUACCUCACGAUUGGAACAACUGUCUUUUACAGAAGGACCUUUCACCACUCUUCUGUCUGUUAAAAAACAGCAGUAAAUGCAUGAGAGAGUAAUGCAGGAUAGGUAUACAAAUGUAAAAGAUAUUUGAGUUUACUAAUUUUAUAUAUCAGAUAUCUUUUUGAAGAGUUGUUUCGAAUGCUGAAUCUAUAGUCUAUUUUUUUGCUGACAUUGCAAGUUUAGUUACUUGGUGUUCAUGUGUAUGUGUGAGAGACAAGUGAAAGGUAUUUGGGUUUGGGGGAGACGGGGAAAGAGAGAAUGGGGAGGGGCAGGGAAGAGAGAAUGGGGAGGGGCAGGAAAGUGAGAAUGGGGAGGGGCAGGAAAGAGAGAAUGGGGAGGGGCAGGAAAGAGAGAAUGGGGAGGGGCAGGAAAGUGAGAAUGGGGAGGGGCAGGAAAGAGAGAAUGGGGAGGGGCAGGAAAGAGAGAAUGGGGAGGGGCAGGAAAGAGAGAAUGGGGAGGGGCAGGAAAGAGAGAAUGGGGAGGGGCAGGAAAGUGAGAAUGGGGAAGGGCAGGAAAGAGAGAAUGGGGAGGGGCAGGAAAGAGAGAAUGGGGAGGGGGCAGGAAAGUGAGAAUGGGGAGGGGCAGGAAAGUGAGAAUGGGGAGGGGCAGGAAAGAGAGAAUGGGGAGGGAGAUGAUGAAAGGAAGAGAUUAACCAAAGAUGGGGAUGAUACAGAGAUUGUUGAGGACCAUUCAUUUCAGCAUUUUAGAUAGAUGUAUAUAUGCAGUAAAGUACAGCUGGUUGGGUAAAGCACAGAGACAAGAGAAACAGACAGAUUCAUAUUGUAAUCAGCAACAUUACUCCAGCAGUGAAGUCUUGUUAAUCAAGACAUUACCAUCCCUGUGAAAUUGUCCAGAUUAACACAUUUCUGGAUGAACGAAUCAUGGGUAUGGAGUAAGGUUGCUUUGGUUACGCAUGUUCUCAUCCAGAUGGUCUGGAAACUCCAUCCUCUGUAUCUGGACCAACAAUGUUUCAUUGUAUUCACAUUAUUAGUUAUCAACCUGACCAGGGACCACAGUGUUUAGUGCUAUGACUGUUGUCAGUCUAUGUUAAAGUAUGGUGCCGUCCCUUGGGCAUGCCAGAAACCUAUGAUUGUGGGUUCGAAUCCCGGUUCACCCCGAUUAUGUUUCUAGGGUUGUCAGCACCAUACCCUUGCUCGUUGGUUUCACCGAAGUGGUAAACGUCUGAGACCUGCAUCAUUUGGGGCUUUCCUCCCACAUUAAGCUGCGAGCCGUGAUAUAAUGAUCCACUGAAGGUACAUGUACCAUUUCACUGAUGGGCUAUCAGGGAUCCAUAGUGCUCCAAUCUCAGUAAGGCUUAAGAAUACGAAAGAAUUGGUUCUCAGGCAAUGGCUUUUGAAAAUAUAGUGCGGGCGGGCAAUGUUUUUUUUUAGUUUGGUUGUUUAAACUAGAAUGUAACCAAAUAAACAGUUGUGUACAAUCUACCUGGGAAAGGGCCAAGCUAUAUAAAUGUAUUCCUUGUAUUCUUUCCUUAUUUGGAUCACAUUAUUUGUAAAUAUUGUAGCAUUUCACUGCCUGGGUUUGGGUGUUCUAGAGGUGGAAUUUUUCAGGACUUAUUUAAAAAAACAAAAACAAAAACAAAAACAUGCUCGGAAUUUUUAAGGACUUAUUUAAAAAAAAUAAAAAUAAAAACAAAA